AUGUUAGACAUGGCACACCCGUCCGGAUGGGCUUAUUGGAUGAUGCUAUCGUUUCACGUGUCAUUCAAGGCGAUGGGUCUGGCGACGGUCUCCCUACGCGGCGGCAACCAGAAGAACAAUCGAACGAUAUUCUUCGUUAGGACCAAAUUCGGGAUCUUCUACAACGUGUUCCUCAGCUGCAUGGUCGCUGCGUCAACCUACGUCACUCUGCCGAAUCUCUACAACAUCGACUACGUCUUCAGAACCCCGACCUCGUCGAUCAUAGAGAUGAUCCAGGCGACGUUCGCGGUCGUGAUGAUAUGUACGACCCUGUUGUGUUACGCCAUCAAGGGGUCCAACCUCGAGAGGAUCUGGAAUUACCUGAUCCAGGCCGAGGAGGAGUUUCGCUCUCUGAAAGUGUCCGCCAGCAUCAAGCACUCCUUCCGCAACUUGUUGAUCGUCUUCGUACUUAUUAUCACCAUGUGCAUCGUCGUCCUGAUGCUGGAGUACUUCGCUUAUCACAACGGUCCUCUCGUCUGGGCAGCGAACAUCAUGCCCGGAUUCUUCGCCGCUUGCCUCUUGUAUCAAUACUUCUUGGUGGUCAGCCUGAUGACCGUGAAUUUCAACCGUGUCAAUCGUGCCAUUCGGAGUUUGAGCAGCGAUCUCUCCGACGAUUUCCCGAAAUCCGGGAUUUGCUGCAGACGGAUCUUACCGAAGUAUACCAUCGUCCAGGGCAUUCGCCACCUAAGAAACAUCCACGACAACCUUUGCGACAUUUGCGACGUGAUCUCGGAGUUCUACUCGUUCCCCAUCCUGUUCGUCGUCAUCUUCACCUUUCAUUCGCUUCUGUUCAACUCUUACUACCUUUUCCAGCCACUCGUCCUUUACAAUCGGGGCUUGGACAUCGCGCCGUUCAUCGACACCGUCCUAUUGAUCGCUUUUCCAAUGUAUCCUUUCGGCUUGCUCGCCGCCAAGACCACCGAUGUUCUGAACGAGAUCGGGAGGACAGCGAUCGUCGUGCACUCGUUCCUGAAGAAUGCGACUGAUCAAGAGACGAGGUCCGAGCUGAAGCAGUUCUCGCUGCAGCUGUUGAAUCGACAAAUUAAGUUUACCGCCUGCGGAUACUUCAACAUGGACAACUCUCUGUUCCAAUCGGUGAGCAAACGCGAUCGAUCGACCGAUGAAUACAAAUUCAUCUGCUUGCUCGUGUUCGUUUCUCGUCUUUAG